GCACUCCGGUCGAAGGUUCCUCUCGUGGCCCGACUCGAAGUGUGUCGCCAAAGUCCGGGGAAACGAGAAAUGGCCCUUCUACACAGACGACUGGGGAUACGUGGACUCGAUGGCCUAUGCUUGCGGGUGACGUGCAUGUACCAGAAUGGAGCUUCCAGGAUGAAGUCAAGCUAUUAGCAAUACAGGCACUUCAGCAGCAACGCAAAAGUGGUUCCGAGGGCGACCAAAGCCCUUCAGACGAAGAAGUAAAAGAAGAAGAUAUCUUUGACUCUUCCUUCUUGAACGCCCUUACAGUGGCAUCUUCAACGCAUUUGUCACAAAUACUCUCUCUUCUAGCCGCUCAUAUUCCCCAAGCCGAGAAAAGCAUGCAGAACAGGAUAAAGCCAUUACGAUGGGAAAACGUUCUCGACAUAAUGGCCACCAGUGGAUUCGUCGAUGAGAAAAGUAUUGAAAAUAUUCAGAGCCGACUAGAGGCUAUCUACGGCCCAUCUGAGAGCGCAGCUGUUGAAAGAGCGCGCCUGAAUACCCUCAUGAAAGAUAAACUCGACGAUAUGUUUUCUGGAAGUACCUCUAGCUUACUGGAACCUCCACCGUCUCCUCCACCGCGCCCAAGGAAACGUCGGAAAAGGACUGGAGUUGAGGUCAAGAUCGAAUCAUCAGGUGAUUAGGGAUGUGCGUGAUAACCAACCUUUUACAUCGUUGUGUAUAUCAUUUAAACACCGGAAACAUAUCUGUGAAUAGGAAUAGGCUGAUAUGGUUAUCUGCCCAGGACACUAGUUCUAGUUUCGUUAUAUAGCUUUUCUCUUUGCAUGCG